UAUUCAUGCUUGACUGGAGACAGUACCACCACUGGCACCUCUCUUAGUCCACAACUCUGCAAUAGAGAUGUAACUCUUCACAAUUACAGGGAAGGAAUGCUGGAUUCCUGAGCCAUGUUGCCUAUUCCUUCCAUAAAGUACAUUUUGGUGGUCUUGUCUCUUAAAAGAAACAUUUGGAUUAUCAGGAGCCGUGUCUCCCUCAAGCAGAGUGCUCUGGUGUCCUCUGAUAUAAUGGAGGCACUGAAAUCUGAGAGCGUCAACCGCAGGAGCAGCACCAGCCGCCGAACGCCAUCCACACCCCAUGCAGGAGCCAGCCAGGACCUGGCAGCCACUAACCACCUGUUCCGAGCCCCAGACUGGAGGAGGAGGGCCGGGGAGUGGAGCCACUGGGGAGGCCUGGGGGAGGGCAGCAGGGAGAGUGGGCUUCCUCCGCACCGGCAGCAGACGGCCCGCACUCAGCAUGCCCGCAGACCAGCGAGCUGCAUCGAGGGGGCCAGAGGAAUGGACGGUUGGCUGCAGCAGCUGGAGGAGAUGCAGAGGAGACGCAGCUCGGCCGCUGGCGUCGGAGCUGGUCUUGGUGGCUAUUCCAGUGGCUCUGGUGUCCCUGUAGUGCCUCCUCUAUCGGACCGCACCGUGUCCAUGCCUGUACUUCCCGACCAACCGGCAGCGGGGCGCUUCAUUCGCCACACCGCCUCCCCAUCUUCGCUUUACAGUGAGGACUUGCUACUCAGCCUCACAGACAGCCUGAGUGCCACCCCGCUGGGCAGCGACGAGUCGCUCUGGCCUCCGGAUGGAGCUGGCAGCAGUGAGACAGUUAGCAUCAGAGAGACACCCAGGGCCGAGUACACCAGCAUGAGCUCACUGACCGCAGUCAAGAUCGGCUGGCUUCCCAUCCAGAGGAGGCUAGUGGUGGAGAAUGCCACUAGCCACACCCAUCAACCUCAUACAGCUACCCAGAGUGCCCCAUGCCAGGUGAAGAUGAAGCCUCCUAUAACACCUGUCUUCACUAAAAGUGUGGUCAAACCAAACGGCUUCGGACACCUGGAUGGAGCAGCAGAGAGGUGUCCGGCCACCGCCCCUGUCAAGACGUGUGUGCCGCCAGGACCGACCGCUGCCACUUCCUCCUCAGGCCUUCUUGUUCAGUCUGCCAGCAGGGAGCAGCGUGCUCCAGUGGAGAGAGACGCCGGCAGCCCCCAGCCCUGGCGCCUUCCCUGGAGGGCCUGGCCAGAGGGCAGAGAGGCCCCCGCGUGGGUGGACUCUUCUGGAAGACCCACUCUGCCCAGGAGCAGCUGCACACCGCCCCCCUCCGAGACACCGUGGCCGGCUCUCCACAGCAACCCCGCCAGGGCCAAGCCGGGCUUCUCCUCCAUCACCAUCACGUCCAGGAAGGUGACUCGCUCCGCUAGCCUCCCCGAGUCAGGGCGCUCGUCGAGUCCGGAGCGGCCGCGGUCGGCCAGCCCAGCGGGCAGCAUGAGCCGGACUGCUGGUUGUGCCGCCAUCCCCCUCAGACGCAGGGCUGUGGUGGUGAAGAUGACAGACAGCAGGGUGACCACCUCGUCCACCACCACAGGCCAGGGUGCUGGGCUACAGCGCAGCCCACAGACAGCCUUUAGUGCUGCACGUAGUGCAGUGGAUCCCAGAGAGGCUUACGGUGGGGAACCGGUGGUCCUCCGGAGGAAAGCCACCAUUGUGAAAGUGACGGAAGAGAGCGAGAGCUACAGACUCCGUCCGGUGCCAGGUGAAGGUCAGAAGGCCAGGAGGUCAGAGGUCAGGUACAGUUACACCGAGGGGCUGCAGCCCAUGCACUACACCUCAGAUCCCCCAAGCCUCGCUUGGGGGGGAGCAGUGGGCGAGAGGAAUGUCCCUAAACUUCAUCGUUCCACUCUCUCCCUCCACGUCACGACUGCCCCCUGCACUGACCCCCCAGGAGGUGAGCGUGUGGAUGCCGGCAGGUCCUCCGGGUCGAGGAGACCGGUGAGUUUCCACGCAGGCAUAUUUUCCCAUUCCCAGCCUGCCUUGGAGUCCUUCUCGGAUCUCCUGCCUCGCGGGGAGAGACCAGGGCUUCCCGGAAAGACGGAUAUGGCGCCGUCCCACCUCACUUCAAGCAAGGUAUCCCCACCCGCGGGGCCUGUGAGAAGGGACGCCGGACACCCAGAGGCAAGGACUCUCCGACGAGCACAGGAGCUGACGCAGGGAAAGCCUCUGCCUGGGGCUACCUACGGGAGCCUGCCGCCACCCACACUCAUCAACAGCAGCGUGGAAGAUGCCGGGAAUCCUGGGAAUCCUCAGCGGCAUGAGCGUAACGAAGUGAGACAAGACAGCACAAGAGAGGGACUGCUGAGGCGUCCUUACGCUGAAUUUGUCCCUCUCUCUCUUGGUGUCACUCAGGAAGCUUCAAGUCUCAGAGAGGCCCUGCGGCUCCACAGGCCUAGCUUCAUCAGCCGCUCCGAGGCCCGAGUGCAGGAGCUUCAGAGCAGAGCCCAGCAGAGGAGGCAGCAGCAGCAGCAGGACAGGGCCCUCCCCAGCACUCAGCUGCCCCCACACGCCAACCACACCAGGGCAGCCCACACCAGGACAAACCCCCACAGCGAUAACCUUUUCAAAUCCAGAGAUAGAGCCGUUACGGGGAGGGAGACACAGCACAGGUCCCGGCGGAGCCACGUGGGCCAGUCGGAGAUGAAGCGCAGGAGGGAGGAGGAGAAAAGGAAGAGUGUGUCGCUGACCAACAGGCUACGGGUGGACAUCUUUAAAAAGAAACUGCUGGAUCAACUCCUCCACAGAGGCACUGACUGAGGAUCCACCAAAGACCAGAGCUCCUUCACUCUUCACUUGGACCUCUCCUUGGAAACAUCUGGAAUCCUCGUCACCCACGCCAGCAGCUGCACCUCCAGUGGCUCCCUCAUGCUAUAUGCACAAUACCCCACUCCACAGACAGUAUCACGGAGGAGGGGGACAAAUGGUUUGACGUGAACAGGGGUUGCCUAGAGGAACCAGCCAGUGCCUUGGAGAUGGUUGUGAAGACACAGACAUGUCCUUCAUGCUGAUAAUAUGAUGUUCUCUAUGGCUCUAUUUGGAGCAGCUUUACCUGGGUGUCUGUUCUAGGGUGCAAAUGAAUGUGCUAGAGACCUUCUAUAAUGUGAACACAUCAUCUCAAUUGAAUGAGGAACAUGUUCUUGGACUGGCCAUAAAAUAUAAUAUGAUCAUAAUAAUAUAAUAUAAAUUCAAAUGCAGCAUAGCUAAUGCGAUCAAGUCAUGUUACUUAACGCUGCUGUGCCGCAGUGUGUGUCCUUUGUGUGUAACCCAAUUUAUAUGUGUGAUGUCAUAUCCAUAAGGACCACACAGGAUCUCUGCAUUCUGAACUGAAUUCAAAGUGUCAUUAAAUUGACAUCUCUCUGCUGUCCUGCUACACGGGUGAGAUUCAUAUGUGAUAAAGACAAUGAGAGUGAUUCAA